UGAGCUUGAACUCCCACGUUUCAAUUAGGUGGACGCCGUUCGUUCUUGAUGCUUAGUGCGGCUCUGGUUGCAUGCCCUGGUUUGCAUGUCACUGUCUUGUCUUUGAACGCGAAGUUGUGCGCAUCACCCAAACAUGCGCAGCUCGCGCUGCGCAUGUUGCUUGCGUGAUGAUGAGAAAAGUUUAUUCAUCGGAGCAAACGAAUUGUCUUCGCCGAAAGGGGAAAAAGAAGAGGAAAAAGAAAAGAAAAGCUGGUCUAUUUCUAGGAAGCCACGCGCCUACAAAUGCCGCCCUUUGACGUGCUUGUGAGCGGUAUCGGUUAGAACGAAACAUGGACGCCUGCGAAUAUGACUCCACGUGUCGGUGAUAACACACUGCGUGCCCUCAGAUACUGCGUAUCGCGGGGGAGGGGGGUUAGAUAACACACCGAUAUGAGCCGCUCCGACGACUUCCAGAUAUCUGCGUGCAUAGCAUAGGUGUUCUUCCUUGGCGGUCGGCGGGUUUGUUUCUCGUCUCGCGAGCUCGCAAAGUAACGCCGAAAUCCUUUGGAACAUUUAUAGUUCCUUGAAAGCAAGGCGUGGAACGCUUUCCGAAGACGUCGUUCCAACAUGGACCCUUGGGCUUUCGCAUCGGGCGCAGAGUUCCCAUCGCUUGCUCCCGGGAAACUUCGGUUGUACAGCAUGCGGUUCUGCCCAUACGCGCAACGAGCUCUGCUUAUCCUGAAAGCAAAAUCAAUCGAUCACGAAGUGGUCAACAUCAACCUAAAGGACAGACCGGAGUGGUGCAAGGAUGUGCUUCCUGCGGGAACCAUACCCGUGCUUUCUCAAGAUGAUAAACUCAUCAGUGGAUCCAUGCCCAUCGUUGAGUACCUGGAAGAGGCGUAUCCACAGACGAAACCCAUGAUGCCCGCGGACCCGUACCUGAAGGCGCGGGACAGGAGCUUCCUGGAUGUUGCAUUGCCCACGGCCAAUGUGGUUGUCUCUAUCAUGAUGAGGAGAGGGUCCGUGGAAGAUAAUUGGGACAACUUUCUCAGAAAGAUACCACUGUUCGAGAAGGAGCUCGUUUGUAGGAGCACGCCUUUCUUCGGUGGGCCGACGCCGGGCUUUGUGGACUACGUUGCGUGGCCAACGUUCGAACUCGCCCGUGCACUGUCCGUGGCUCAAGCCACGCUGAAAAUGCCCAGCUCCGAAAGUUUCCCGCGCUUUUCGAGCUGGUUUCAGAGGAUGCGCGAGGACUCGGUCGUGAGAGCCGUCAUCAACGAGGAUCACACCGAGAUUUUCGUGCAGUCGUUCGACGGCCAUUCCAGGGACUUUAACGCCGGCUUGCAUUGACGGAAUAUGUAUUUGAGAGUGAGAAAUACGUUUUUUCUUAGUUGAGCACACAAACAAUCUGGGUCUGUGAAAUAAUCCGAUCUACUUUGUUA